GUUGAGGGGAAAAGGAGAGUUCAGCGCUCAGGGGGAGAGAUCAACGAGAGUUUGGACGGAGGGAGCGCAGACAGGCACAGACAAGCUUCAUCACAUAAUCGUCCUGCUUGUUCAGUCCCCCAGGUUCCUCCAUAAAUAAACCUUAGUUGUCAGAGACAACGUCAAGACUGAAAGGAAUCCGGAAAAAACUUGGUACUGGCAUCGCAGUCACAGCACAGACCCUACGGAUAAAGUGUGCAGGUGUCAUAGGCUUGCCAGAAACAGGAGCCAUCAGAAUGGGAAGUGUUUAAAGCAUUCAGAAGCAUCUUAACCUCAGCUGAAAGUGAUUGGUGUUGAAAGAUCACAUUUCGAAGGACUCGUUUUUCUGGUCUUUUGUCCUUAGAAAGGAUACUGCAGUGAAACGCCAUGGCAUCGAGUGGUAACGCCAUUGAUCUCCAGCCAACGAAAAACAACGUCUCCCCUGCUCCCAAUUAUGGCCAAGUUCCAGUCCCACCAGGUUAUGUGCCCCCUCAGGCACCUGUGAUGAUGCCUGUCCCUCAGAGACCCCCUGGCUGUCCCCCUGGACUAGAGUACCUGACCCAGAUUGACCAGCUCCUUGUCCAUCAGAAAAUUGAGUUGGCUGAGGUUAUUUUAGGCUGGGAGACCAAUAAUAAGUAUUUGGUGAAGAACACAGUCGGUCAGCAGGUGUUCUAUGUGGCGGAGGAGAACAACUGCUGCAACAGGCAGUUCUGUGGACCCAUGCGUUCCUUUGUCCUCCAUGUGCAGGACAACAUGGGUCAGGAAGUGAUGACUCUCUUAAGGCCUUACAGAUGCAGUGCUUGCUGCUGUCCCUGCUGCCUGCAAGAGCUUGAGGUCCAGGCUCCACCGGGCACGCCAAUUGGAUAUGUGGUUCAGAACUGGCACCCUUUCUUACCCAAAUUUACAAUUCAGAAUGAGAAGAGAGAGGGAGUCCUGAAGAUUAAGGGUCCGUUUUGUGCCUGUAAUUGUUGUUCGGAUGUGAAUUUCGAGGUUUUGUCCAUGGAUGAAACCGCGAAUGUAGGCAGGGUCUGUAAGCAGUGGACAGGCAUGUUGCGAGAAGCCUUCACUGACGCUGACAACUUUGGCAUUAAGUUUCCCUUGGACCUGGACGUGAAGAUCAAAGCUGUUCUUCUCGGGGCCUGCUUUCUCAUUGACUUCAUGUACUUUGAAAAUAACCAGAACAAUAAUUGAGUGGAACGUCGCUACCUGUUGCCUUCGCUCUGAGGGGAACCCACACGUCAGGAUUUACUGGACCUCCUUGCAGUUUGAUACCCACCAAAGACAUGAAUGGAAAUAAUAUAACGUUUUUAUAUUUUUGCAUACAAAUAUUCAAUAUAUAUAUUUUAAAUAUUUACAGUGCACAUUGAACACGUUGGACAUUGUCCAUUUUAUC